GCUCGAGUGACGUGAUCUUAACGGUCACAAGCGUGUGUGCGCAGUCAGUCCGCUCAGCCCGAGCCCUGAGCGCAGAGCGGUGUCCGCUGCCUCCCGUCCCUCCGUCUUCCUCGCCCACAGCCCGGGUUCAUGUCGGCCAGGUCUCCGGUCGGCCUGCUGCUCGUAUUCGGCACCGCCACCGUCUACCUGUACCUGCUGUCUAGAAAUCUGCCCCAUGCGUCGUACGGGCGGGAGGAAGAGAGCCCGGAGCACAGAUCAUUAACGUUUCCAUCUGAUCUUGAAGAGUUGCGAGCAAUAGCUGGAUUGCUACAUUCAUACAAAGCUCAGCAUUCGAGCUAUGUACUGUUACUGUUCUGCAGUGCCUAUCUCUACAAGCAAACAUUUGCAAUCCCUGGCUCCUCCUUCCUGAAUAUAUUAGCAGGUGCGUUGUUUGGACCAUGGCUGGGCCUCGCAUUGUGUUGUAUUUUAACGGCCAUUGGAGCAACUUUCUGCUUCCUGCUGUCCAGGGCGUACGGCAAACAAUUUGUGGUACGACGAUUUCCUGAAAGACUCGCAGUCCUGCAGCGCAAGGUGCAAGAGAAUAGGAACAGCCUGUUUUUCUUCCUGUUGUUUCUCAGGCUUUUCCCCAUGACUCCAAACUGGUUUCUCAAUAUCACAUCUCCCAUCCUCAAUAUUCCUCUCACACACUUCUUCUUCUCCAUCGUUGUCGGUCUUCUUCCUUAUAACUUCAUUUGUGUGCAGACUGGCUGUAUUCUGUCUGAGAUAUCCUCACUGGACAACCUGUUCUCAUGGUCCAUCGUCAUGAAACUGCUGGCCAUUGCCAUGGUGGCACUUAUGCCUGGUGCUAUAAUCAAACACUGCAGCCACCACCAGCUGACUGGAAAGGUCAAAAAUGGGCAUUUGGACAGCAGUCGAAAAACUCGGUGACUAGUGCUAAUCCUUCUGUGACUUGCAAUUGUACCCUGGUAUGAAAGUCUUAAUAUGAAGAAAUAAUCUUCCUUGAAUGUAGAGUUUUAUUUGUACUAUAGAAGCUGCUCAGAAGAACCUGAGCCAUACAACUGUUCAAAAACUAAAUAUACACCUCCCUACAGGCCACCCAUUCAGGUGAAAUCCUUCUGACUGCCAUUCACUGGCAGAUGCCCACCAUAAGUCAGAUAGUUGAUUUCUACCAGCACAGAACACUGUACAAGUGAGUGGGUUCCUAAUUUCAUGUAAUUAAAAAAAAAUCUGCUGAUAAAUGCAGAGAUAAGGUAGGUGCUUUUAUUUUAAAUCUGUUAAAUUUUCAGCGAGUCAGAAACAUGACAAUUUUCUGAAAGUUUUGAAACUUCUAAGUCUACUUGUGUUGGGCAAUAAAUCAAAUUAUCAAUUAGUGUGAAUUAGCCUUUUUAAUAAAAUGUCAGAAGAAGUGAUUUUUGUACAGUUUCACCCCAGACUGUGUGGAGUGGCGAAGAUGUAAUUCGCAGAAGAUGUUGCUUGUCCUUCUAAAUUAGGAACAGGAUAUUAGGAUUACAGGAGGUAAAUGGUUCCCACUCCAAUUGUCAUUCUGUUCUACAGUUUUAUGAUUAGGUGAUUUCAGAAUCAGGUUUAUUAUCACCGGCAUGUGUCGUGAAAUUUAUUAACUUAGCAGCAGUUCAAUGCAAACAUGAUAAUAUAGAAAGAAAAAUAAAUAAGUGAAUCAAUUACAGUAAGUAUAUUUAUAUAUGUAUAUUGAAGCUUCAUUUCUUUAUGCCUUUGACAUAAAGUAGCCUGAGGUCGUGUCAGGGAGGUGGAUCCUUGAAUAAAAAUAUAAGAGAUUCUGCAGAUGUUGAAAUGUAAAGUCAUAUGGGGGGAGGACUCAAAGUUUGCACACAAAUAAUGGGCUACUUUUUUUUCUGCACAACUUUCACAGAAAGGUUUGGAUUGUGAUUUCACUAUUCAAACAGAAUUGGAGGUGAUCUAAAGCCAAUGAGAAGUGUCCUUAAGUGAAUGAGAAUGGACUUUGAGGCUCUUCAAAUGUACCUGUGCCCAGACAGCUCAGAACAAACAAAGAUAUUCUUGUCUGAUAAUCUUAAAAUAAAUAAGUGAAUACCUUUAUUUGUUUUAAAAUCUAGUGGCCAGUCCAGGGAGGCUAUUCAGAUCUAUAGGAUCUGUGGGGAAAGAUGAGACAUUAGUCAGAAUGUUAGGAUUUGUAUUUAGCUCAGAUCUGCUUUGUCUCAGUGACAGUGUAAAUGGGGAAGACUUGUGGUGGAAGGAUGGCAACUAGUUGAAAAGACAUGCCCUAGUUGAUAGAUGAGGUGGUUGUUCCUCCGGUCUCAUUGGUGGUGGAUAGAGGUCAGACUGGGACCGAGAAUUGAAAUAAGGAUUAAUGAGAGUCAGGAACAUGAGUGGAAACACCUGUGGAACAGAGUGAAGGUGGGGAAGGUAAUGGAGCUCAGAACAGUACACAUCCAGAGCAUUCCACACACUCACCACUGUUUAUAUUUAAGAAAGUUACCUCUGACUCUCUCUGUACCUCCAAUCACCUUAAGCCCCCUCAUAUUAACCAUUUUGGCUUUGGAAAAGUCUAUGGCUAUUCACUCAAUCUAUGCCUCUUAUCUUGUACACCUCUAUCAAGCCACCACCUCUCAUCCUUCUUUGCUGCAGAAAGAAAAUUCCAAGCUUGCUCAACUUGUCCUCAAGUACAUGUUUUCUUAUCCAGACAGCAUCCUAGCAAGUCUCCUCUUCACCCUCUUUAAGAGCUUCCACAUCUUUUCUCUAAUGAGGUGGUCAGAACUGAACAUAAUAUUCCAAGUUGUGGUGUAACCAUGGUUGUAUAGUGUUGCAACAUUACCUUGUGGCUUUUGAACUCAAUCCCCCGACUAAUGAAGACUCACACACCAUAUGUAAUGGUGAGCAUAGUGGGGGAAAACACUGGGAUAGAACAGUAUAGUAUAGGUUAGGCCUUAUGGCUCUUUGGCUGCACCAAACAUGAUGCAGUUUAACCUGCACAUAAUUGACAUCCCUCCAUUCCCUAUGUGCUCAUGUGCCUGCCUAAAUUCAUCUUAAACACUGCUAUCAUAGCUGCUACCACUUCCCCUGGCAGUAUAUUUCAGGCAUUUACCAGCCUCUAUUGAAUUAAGAAAGAAGAAAACUUACCUUUAAUAUGCUUUAAACUUUUCCCCUCUCACUUUAAAUCUAUGCCAUCUAGAUUUGUGCCCUUGGGGAAAUGACUCUGACCAUCUACCCACUCUAUGCCUCUCAAAAUUUUGUAGAUUUUGAUCAGAUUGCUCCUCAGCCUUUGAUGCUCUGGUGAAAACAGUCCAAGUUUGGCUAACCUAUCUUUCCAGAGUGAGCAACAUCCUAGUGAACCUCUUCUGCAGCCUCUCCUGAGCAUCUAUAUAUUUCCUGUAAUGUGACCAGCAGAAUACUCCAAAGGUGGUCUGAAUAAAGUUUUAUACAGCUGCAACGUGGCUUUUCAGCUUUUGUGACUGAUAACCCAACUGAUGAAAGCAAGCACGUAAUAUGCCAGUCCUCUUCUGUUGCCAUGUUCAGGGAGCUUUAUGUUAAUAUUUGUUUAUUUCUGCUAUUUAUUUAUACCUUAGCGAUUUAGCGCAGAAUGGGCCCUUCUGGCCCUUUGAGCCACACUGCCCAGCAUUCCCCGAGUUAACCCCAGCCAGAUCACAGAACAAUUUAUAAUGACCAAUUAACCUACUAACUGGUACAUCUUUGUAUUCUGGGAGGAAGCCUACACAUCCCCCCUCCCCACUGAUAGCCUCCAAUGCGAGAGGACUUCAGCAUUCUACAUAUUUAUAAGAGGAAUUGGACAUCUUUGUAUGGCAGGUCAGCUGUUUAAUGCUGUUCAGUUUGCUUUCUAUCUGAGUUCAACACUUUGUGUUAGGGUCUUCAGACAGGAGUGAACAAGUUAGGAUUACUGAACAAGUAUGCAGACUCUCAACAUCCAUUGAUUGGUGUUCUGUUUAUUUCAGUAUUUUAACUGAAUUAAUUGGACAUUGUGAUUACAUUUUGAUAUAGAAGGUUAGUUAAAGUGUCUGUGCCAGCUCACAGGGUGUCCCAUUCUCCUGUUAUCCAGUGUAAUGGACCAGCAGGAGAUGUUACUGUAUAUUAGGAGGGCAUAGUAUUCGUAUUCUGUUCGUCCUGGUUGACAGGAGAUGCCUGAUCCAUUAAAUAAGUAUGACUUUUAUACAAUUUUGGACCAUAAGGCACAGGAGUGGAAUUAGGCCAUUCAGCCCAUCUAGUUUUUUUCAGCCAUUCCAUCAUGGCUGAUUCAUCCCACUCAAACUCAUUCUUCCCGUAACCUUUUAUACCUUUACUAUCAAGAUCUCUGCCUUAAAUAUUCCCAGUGACUUGUUUUUGGUAGCCAUCUGUGGUAGUGAAUUCCACAGAAUUGCCACCCUCUGGCUAAAGAAAUUCCGCUUCCUCUCUGUUCUGAAGGGACAUCUUUAUAUUUUGACUCUGCUGUCUUUGAUUCUAGACUCCUUCACUAUAGGAAACAUCCUCUCCCUAUUCAGUUUAUCUAAGCCUUUCAAUAUUCAAUAUGUGCUCCCCCUUGUUCUUCAAAAUUUUACGAGUAUAGACCCAGAGACACCAAAUGCUCCUCAUACCUGCCUUUCAUUCCUAGCAUCAUGCUCGUGAACUUCCUCUCAGUGCUGCAUUUUAUAGUACUUUUGCCAGUAAUUUUACAUCUCCUGGAAGUCAUUGGAUCUUUUGUGCUUUAAAAUGCAUCUUCCUUUGCGGUAGAUGAAUGGCCCUCAGUGCCAUAAAUCAAAUGGUUAUACUGCCCUGGACGAUCAGGUACUGCAAAGGGACUCAAUGCCAGUCUCUUGACACAACGGCAACAGACUACCAGAGCCAGCCAAUGACAAGCUCCAGUUUCAAGGGCACGUGGCUUACUUUGCAGUUAGCUGCCUCCGUUUUUGAAAAUAAAGAUAGAAUUGCCUGUUAACUGUGGAAGUGCAGUGACCCUUUUUGUCCUGUGAGUGGCAAUUGUAGAUUGCUUUCACUGUGUACAGAGUACAUCAUCACAGUGGUGUGGUAUUGGAGAGUUGUGGCUAGAAUUUGUUCCUGUGAUUGCUCACCUUUGCAUUCAACUACUAAGAUGCUUCAGAAGCUUUAUUUAAUACAGUGCCUUUCAUUUGUAAUGUAUUGUCUGCCAACAGAUUGGUUAUCUAGAGCACCCUGUGAAUUGUACUACAAUUCGAUGUGCUGCAUUUGAUGAAGCAAUGAAAUGUCAGUACCGCAUCAGAAUAAAAAUGACAAUCACAGCUUGAUGGUCUUGAAAUUUUAUGUUGAUUUUUUUUUUAAAGCUCCUAUUUUGAGCAUGUUGCUAAAGGUAUGAAUGGCUUAGUGGUUGGCAGUGCCAACUAUCCUAUUGGGAAUAUGUUUCUUGGCCCUAGUUUUACCUUGGUCUUGUGUAAUUGACACAUUGUUUAGUAUUUGAAGUUAAUUAUGGAGUGUGUGUAAACCAAAGGCACUGCUUCUGUAUGCUGAAAGUAAACUGUGUAUACUUUUGUACACAUACCUUAGAGAAGAUGAGCAAUCUUUGAAUCCUGAUGCUGUGUUCUAAUGUGACAAAAGUAAGUUGUUUGAAGGCUGAUCAUUUGCACGUGAACUUCCUUGUAAUUACUGUCCAGUGGAAGACUGUGUACUGUUCGGCAUGAAGUAAGAGACCAAUACAAGAGCAGCAUUCUGUAAAGAUAGAGCACAGCAUGUUCCACAUAGCCACCCUCGCCUACAACACCACUAUCUUCACUUCAGCUUAGCACCUGUAAGACCUAUUGCACAUGAAGGUGCUGAGGCAAUAAGUGCUUUAAUGCAUUAGCUUGUGUAGAAGCAGUUAAAUGUGUGAAUGAGCGAGCACUCUGACCGCAGACUGGCUGGAUGCAAACAUGGAAGGUUUAAGGGCGGUGUGGUGUGUACAAGGCCAUGCCUAUAUGACUGUCUGGCACACAGAAUGAGGUACUGCCAUCAACAAAUCCAGUAAAGCUACAAAUUUCAGGUUGAGGCUGCAAUAUAACUCGUAUUUAUUGUGCCUGAGGGUGAGCAGUGGCGAUUUAAUACACUAUUAUUGAGGUGCGAGUGGAUUUUAAUAUAUUUUUAAAUGGAUUUCUCUCAGAUUUCUAAACAUUUUUGCUGUUGUAAAAUUUUUAUAAACCAAGCAAGUCAACCUUGCUUUGUAUAUUGUGAAUGGUAUUUUCUAUAAAGAUUGUAGAUUCAUCUCAGCAUUUCCAUAAGACUGACUUUACCAAAGGAGUGUUUACAUUGCAUGUUUUAUUUUCAUCAAUUGCAUUUCAUUUUCUCCACUGUAAGUGGACUGGAUCUGUGAUUUGAAUGUCAUGUGACUUGUUUAAAAAAAGUGAGUCAUACUUUGAAAUAAUAAAAUAUUUAAAUAUU